AUGAAACUCAAUCGCUCCAUCUUUUUGUGUCUGAGCCCUCUUCUUCCGUCAACACAUGCAUGGGGGACAUUAGGUCACCAGACCGUAGCAUAUGUAGCUACGAAUUUUGUAGCGGAAGAAACCAGAGAUUAUUUUCAAACACUCCUGAAAAAUACAACUGGGAGUUAUUUGGCAGGGGUAGCGACGUGGGCCGAUAGCUUCAGAUAUACCAAGGCAGGAAAGCAUACAGGCGCUUGGCAUUUUAUUGAUGCAUUGGAUGAUGUACCUAGGUCUUGUGGAGUUAAGUUUGCUAGGGAUUGUGGGGAGGAAGGAUGUGUGGUUGGAGCUAUUUUGAAUUUUACGAACCAAUUGCUUGACCCAAAUGCUGUGAGGUAUGACAAAUAUGUUGCUGCAAAGUUCAUCGUCCACUUUGUCGGAGACAUUCACCAGCCUCUUCAUGCUGAGAAUAUCGAUGUGGGAGGAAAUGCUAUCGCUGUAAAUUGGACUGGCAAAGAUACUAAUCUUCAUCACGUUUGGGAUUCGGCCAUCCCCGAAAAGCUCGUUGGGGGUUAUUCAAUGAGUGAUGCUCAAGACUGGGCAAACAUUCUAACAUCCGCUAUUAAUACGGGUGUGUAUCAAGACCAAGCACAAUCAUGGCUAGAGGGUAUGGAUAUAAGUGAUCCAUUGACAACGGCCCUGGGUUGGGCUAGAGACUCAAAUGCUUUUAUCUGUACAACGGUCAUGCCAGAUGGAGCAGAUGCGUUACGGGGCAAGGAGCUGAGCGGUUAUUAUUAUGAUGCGUCUGUGCCAGUUAUUCAACUACAAGUUGCAAGGGCAGGCUAUAGGUUGGCGGCUUGGUUAGACAUGAUUGUUAGUGGGUUUAAGACAGAGUUGUAG